AAUGAGAAUCUAGACUGCAAACGAGAAGUUGGAUAAAAAUGGUGGGCGACUGAAAGCGACAUGGUUUUGGGCGCCUCGUCAAGUGUUUCCCGCAUCCCCCACCACCAAACCCCGCCUAAAUUGACUCCAUAUCAGCCUUCCUGUGUCAGCGGCUCAGACCCGCGACGAAGAAACACAGAAAUGGCCUCCACUGCAAAAGAUGACAAGUCAAGAUCUGUGAAAAGAGUCGCUGUUGUUGGAGCUGGGGUAAGUGGGCUUGCAGCGGCUUACAAAUUAAAAUCACAUGGGCUGGAUGUCACUGUAUUUGAAGCUCAAGAAAGAGCUGGAGGGAAGUUAAGAAGCGUUUCACAGGAUGGCCUAAUUUGGGAUGAGGGAGCAAAUACAAUGACUGAGAGUGAAAUGGAGGCUAAAGCUUUGAUCAAUGAUCUUGCGCUUGAAGAAAAGCAGCAAUUUCCAAUUUCACAGCAUAAGCGCUAUAUUGUGCGAAAUGGCAGACCCCUUUUGGUACCAACAAAUCCUGUUGCACUGCUUACAAGCAAACUCCUUUCUUCACAAUCAAAGUUCCAGGUCAUUUUUGAACCAUUCAUGUGGAAAAAGAAUGAUCCAGCUAAUGUGCAUGGUGAACAUGCAGAAGAAAGUGUUGGCAGUUUCUUUCAGCGUCAUUUUGGUAAAGAGGUUGUGGACUAUCUUAUUGAUCCUUUUGUUGCGGGUACAAGUGCUGGAGAUCCCGAAUCUCUUUCUAUGCACUAUUCUUUUCCAGAGCUAUGGAACUUAGAGAAAAGGUUUGGCUCUCUUAUAGCUGGGGCUUUGCAAUCGAAGUUGUUUGUCAAAAAGGAAAAAACUGGAGGAACUAAGGGUGCAUUGGGAAACAAGAAACCUAAGCGGGGUUCGUUUUCUUUCUAUGGUGGCAUGCAGACUCUGACUAAUACACUGUCGAAAGAGCUUGGCAAAGAUAACCUGAAAUUGAAUACAGAGGUUUUGUCAUUAUCUUACUGUCAUGGCGGAAGUUCCUCAUCAGACAAGUGGUCAAUCACUUGUUCUUCUAAUCAGGACACACACGUUGUAGAUGCUGUAAUCAUGACGGCUCCUCUAUCUAAUUUCAAAGAUAUGAAGAUUACAAACAGGGGAAACCCCUUUUCACUUGAUUUUCUUCCUGAGGUCACCUAUAUGCCGCUAUCUGUCAUAAUUACCACCUUUAAGAAGGAGAACGUUAAGAGACCCCUGGAGGGCUUUGGAGUUCUUGUUCCUUCUAAUGAGCAACAACAUGGUUUAAAAACCCUUGGCACACUAUUUUCCUCCAUGAUGUUUCCUGAUCGUGCACCCAGUAAUUUAUAUCUUUAUACAACCUUCAUUGGGGGAAGUCGAAACAGGGAACUGGCACAUGCUUCAACUGAUGAGCUAAAGCAGGUUGUUACCUCUGACUUGAGAAAGUUGUUGGGAGCAGAGGGGGAACCCACUUUUGUCAACCAUUUCUAUUGGAGCAAAGCAUUUCCUUUAUAUGGGCAUAACUAUGGGUCAGUUCUAGAAGCAAUUGACAAAUUGGAAAAGGAUCUUCCCGGAUUUUUCUAUGCAGGUAACCACAAAGGUGGGCUCUCAGUUGGCAAAGCAAUUACUUCGGGAUGCAAAGCAGCUGAUCUUGUAAUUUCCUACCUAAACUCCGCUUCAGAAGACGGAGUGCCUAGUGAUUAGCAAGUGACUAGUAUUGUAAUCCUAGAUUUCACUAGUUUACGCUUGCUAUUUUCCAUACUGUUAACAAUUUCAGAAUUGUUCUCCUUGCACCCUGCAACUAUUCUCCAUUCUGGAUUUGGGGUAGGAAGCGAAAGAAAUCUUAUGCAGAGAGAACCUUCCGCCCAAAAACAAAAGGGCAAAGAAAAAGAAGGAAGAAAAUGGGCCCAUCGUUAUUUUAAUCUCCUCCCCUCCCAAAGAAAGCAAAAAAUAAAAGAGAGAAAGAAUCUGAUUCUUUGUC